UCACCAGGAGGGGGAAGUUUUGUGCAGGGCAUAUGGGAUGAUUUUCCACCAGGCUACUCCAUCUCUCCCAGCUAACUCCUACCAAGUCUGCCUGUCCUGCUUUUGCUUUCCUCUACUUGCUUUCCUGCUCUUACCUUACUUUGGUUUUCUUCUCUUGGAUUCACAAGAGCUCAGUUUCAGUUUGCUGCAAGUUCGAUGGAGCUGGUGUUUAGCCAGAGCAGUUCCCAUGGGAAAACCAGGUGGACCAGCACCAGGAGUGAUGCUGGGGUUGAUGGGAUGCAGGGGAUCUCCUGAUCCCACAGCAGGGGAUGCAGAGGGUCCCACGCAUGUCCCCCACUCCUGCCUUCUGUCUCCAUCCAUCUCCCCGCCUGCGGUCUCCCAUAGGAGCCUAUUUAAUUCCCAGUCUCUGUGUCAACAGCCAAGUGCGGGUGCGAUGGAGACCUUUUUCAGGCGGCACUUCGGUAGGAAGGGGCAGCGCCGUGCCAGCGCCGUGGCCGUGCCCACGGGCAAAGCCCGGCGUCGUUCCCAAGCUGGGUUACCCUCAUCCUCACUGGUCCAGCGCCGCCGUGGCUCCGGAGCCCCACUGCCAGCCUUGUCCUGCCUGGGCCAGCCCCGCAGCCCCCGCCGGCGCCGCUCCAGCACCACACCGCCCUGCCUCAGCCCGCGUUUCGCCGUGCACACCAAGCACGGCGGCUGCGUGCGAGCCAUCGAUGCCCAUCUGAUGGGUCCCUCCAUCCUGCUGGCCAGCCUCAUCCCCACUGCAGAGGAAGGGAUGCCCUGCGCUGAGACAUCCCACUCUCUGGAAGACGAUGCCGAGCGGUGCCGGCAGGAGCGGUGUGCCGAGGAGAGGUGGCUGGCCAUGCUGCCCCGGCUGCGGCCGCUGCAGGCCGGGCUGCUGUCGCGGGGUCCCCGCUGCCUGCGGCGUGUGUCCUCGCACCGCCUGCCCACCGAGCUGAGCCAUGGCCGCGCUGCUCACGGCUUGCCGGGCCGCUACCGCCGCCUGAGCCAGCGCCGCCGCUCCAGCGAUGCUGCCCGGCCCGGGCUGCUGGCCCAGCGCUGCAUGGGGGCGGAUGGAGCCGGGUGCUCCUCUGAGUGCUUGGGAAUGGAGCCUCCGUGCCGUGCUGCCUUGGAUAGCUGCAGCCCCCGACUGCUGAAAGCUAUUGCCAAGUCCAGCCUCCAGCACAUGGUAGCCCAGCCCAACCCUGCGCUAGCCCUGAGGAGCGACUCGGAGAGGCAGAUACGCAGCACUGUGGACUGGAGCGAGACCGCGGUCUAUGGGGAGCACAUCUGGUUUGAGACCAAUGUCUCUGGGGAUUUCUGCUAUGUUGGGGAGCAGAACUGUAUGGCAAAGCUGCUGCAAAAACCUCUCUCCAGGCGUAAGUGUGCAGCCUGCAAGAUUGUAGUGCAUACACCCUGCAUUGAGCAGCUGGAGAAAAUAAAUUUCCGCUGCAAACCUUCCUUCAGGGAGUCAGGAUCCCGGAAUGUACGGGAGCCCAUUGUUGUCCGGCAUCACUGGGUACACCGGAGGCGGCAGGAAGGGAAAUGCCGGCAGUGUGGCAAGGGUUUCCAGCAGAAGUUUGCCUUCCACAGUAAAGAGAUUGUAGCCAUCAGCUGUUCCUGGUGCAAGCAAGCGUAUCACAGCAAAGUCUCCUGCUUCAUGCUACAACACAUCGAAGAGCCCUGCUCACUGGGAGCUCACGCUGCUGUUGUCGUUCCUCCCACCUGGAUCCUGCGGGUCCGACGGCCCCAGAAUCCACUGAAGUCAAGUAAGAAGAAGAAGAGGACAUCAUUCAAGAGGAAAUCCAGCAAAAAAGGGGCUGAGGAAGGGAGGUGGAAACCCUUUGUCAUCAAGCCCAUGCCAGCUCCUCUCAUGAAGCCCCUGCUGGUGUUCGUGAACCCCAAGAGCGGUGGCAAUCAGGGAGCCAAGAUCAUUCAAUCCUUCAUGUGGUAUCUCAACCCACGGCAAGUUUUUGACCUCAGCCAGGGUGGACCCAAGGAGGCGCUGGAGCUGUACCGCAAGGUCCACAACCUCCGGAUCCUAGCAUGUGGGGGAGAUGGCACGGUGGGCUGGAUACUCUCCAUUCUGGACCAGUUACGCCUCAACCCACCUCCUCCUGUGGCCAUCCUACCUUUGGGAACGGGGAACGACUUGGCCAGGACAAUGAACUGGGGUGGGGGUUACACGGAUGAGCCUCUGUCCAAGAUCCUGUCACACGUGGAAGAAGGGAACAUUGUGCAGCUCGAUCGUUGGAAUCUCCAUGUGGAGCCGAACCCCGAUGCAAACCCUGAGGAGAAGGAUGAGACAGCUGCAGACAAGCUCCCCUUGGAUGUCUUUAAUAACUACUUCAGCCUUGGCUUUGACGCACGGGUGACGCUGGAAUUCCAUGAAUCCCGAGAGGCCAACCCAGAGAAGUUCAACAGCCGGUUUCGGAAUAAAAUGUUCUAUGCUGGGACGGCCUUCUCUGACUUCCUCACUGGCAGCUCCAAGGAUCUGGCAAAGCACGUCAAGCUGGUUUGCGAUGGGACAGACCUGACCCCCAAGAUCCAGGAACUGAAGCCCCAGUGCCUGGUUUUCCUGAACAUCCCCAGGUACUGUGCAGGCACCAUGCCCUGGGGCAACCCUGGGGAGCACCACGACUUCGAGCCACAGCGCCAUGACGAUGGCUGCAUUGAAGUUAUUGGCUUCACCAUGACAUCCCUGGCUGCCUUGCAGGUUGGUGGCCAUGGGGAGCGGCUGUAUCAGUGCCGGCAGGUGGUUCUUACCACGUCCAAGGCCAUCCCCAUGCAGGUAGAUGGGGAGCCCUGCAAGCUGGCGGCUUCCUGCAUCCACAUCUCCCUGCGCAACCAAGCCAACAUGGUGCAGAAGACCAAGAGGCGCAACUCCAUGCCUCUGCUCAAUGACCAGCAGCCAGUGCCUGAGCGCUUGCGGAUCCGGGUGAGCCGAAUCAGCAUGCGUGACUAUGAGGCACUGCACUACGACAAGGAAAAGCUCAAGGAAGCCUCCGUGCCGCUGGGAAUCAUCGUGGUUCCAGGAGACAGCGACCUGGAAUUGUGCCGGACCCAAAUCGAGAGGCUGCAGGAGGAGGGAGAUGGAGCCAAACCGAAGACACUGUCAUCCCAGAAGCUGUCACCUAAGUGGUGCUUCCUGGACUCAACCACAGCAGAUCGGUUCUACAGGAUAGACCGUGCACAGGAGCACCUCAACUAUGUGACAGAGAUCUCUCAGGAUGAGCUCUAUGUGCUGGACCCAGAGCUAGUGAUCACCCAGACUGUGGGUACCUCUCCUGCCAUGCCUGACCUCGUUGACUUGUCUGCUGCACCCACUGAGGACCAUUUUGCAUUCCCUCCCUCUUCCUCUUCUCCACCCUCCUCCCCUGCCCCCAGUGCCGAGGCUGAGUGCUGCCUCCCGCACACAGAUGACCUGAUAGAAGCUGCCAAGAGUGGCAACUUCAGCAAGUUCCAAGAGCUGCACCGGGCUGGAAGGGACCUGAUGGUGCGAGACUCCUCAGGCCAGACCGUCCUCCACCAUGCUGUCAAAUCAGGAAGCAAGGACAUUGUCAAGUACAUCAUCGAGAACGCCCCUUCAGAAAUCCUUGAUGCCACAGAGGAGGAGAACGGUGAAACCUGCUUGCACCAGGCUGCAGCCUUACGCCAGCGCACUAUCUGCCACUACAUCGUGGAGGCCGGGGCCUCGCUCAUGAAGACGGACCUGCAGGGAGACACCCCCAAGCACCGGGCUGAGAAAGCCAAUGACCCCGACUUAGCUGCCUACCUCGAGAACCGACAGCACUACCAGAAUCUCCAGCGGGAGGACCAGGAGACUGCUGUGUAGUGCUUGGUGUGCCUUAGCCCAGGCCAGCCUCGGGCAGGAUGAGAAUGAGGACAAUGCUAACUGGCAGAGCUGUGAGUCUGGCCCAGCCCCUCCCUACGUGUCAACCUGGUCCCCAGAGGAGAUGGAGACAGCAGAGCUCCU